AUGCCGCCUGACCCAGGUAUUGAGUCUGCAGCCCUAGGUGCUAGUGAGUCUAUUCUCCCUGGUACUGCGUCCGCUCAGGCCUUGCACACCUUUACACUUGACUCUGGUGCUUCCCGCUGUUUCUUUCGCGACAGUACCACAGUCACUCCCCUUCCUGCACCUGUCCCUGUCUCACUGGCUGACCCCUCUAGGGGCCCAAUGCUAGCACGGUCCACUAGUGUGCUUCCGUUUCCGGCGGUCUCGUCUGGUGAGCUGUCUGGUCUCCACCUCCCCUCGUUCUCUACGAACCUUCAGAGCAACGCCGUUCUUGAGGAUCAUUGGAUUGACACCUUUACUCCUGGAGGACAGCGUGUGGCUUCUGCACGUGCUCUCGGACUAGCAGCCACCUGGCCACGUUCACACGUGGCUACCCAGUGUGAGUGUUGCCGCCUGACGCGCCAGACUCUCCUUUGGCAUCACCGCCUUGGUCAUCCCUCCUUGCCUCACCUUCGUAGCAUGCACUCUCGCUACCUGGUCUCUGGUCUUCCCCGGUCUCUGCCCUCCCUCCCUCCCUCGCCUGCGCCGCCCUGCAUUCCUUGCGUCGAGGGGCGGCAGUGCACCGCUCCUCACUCCUCCUCGUUCCCUCCCAUAGAGGCUCCGCUGCAGACUCUCCACAUGGACGUGUGGGGCCCAGCCCGCGUCCGUGGACAGGGCCAUGAGCAGUAUUUCCUGCUGGUAGUCAACAACUACACGCGUUACACCACGGUCUUCCCCUUGCAGCGCAAGGGGGAUGUCUAUGCUGUUUUGAUCCCUUGGAUCCGCGUUGUUCGUCUCCAGCUCCGCGAGCGGUUCGAGUCGGACAUUCCUGUCCUGCCUUUGCACUCUGACAGAGGUAGUGAGUUCACCUCUGACCUCUUGCGAGCCUACUGUGAGAAGCACGGCAUCCGCCAGACGUUCACGCUUCUGGCCUCUCCGCAGCAGAAUGGGAUUGCUGAGCGCCGCAUUGGCUUAGUCAUGGAGGUCGCUCGUACCUCCAUGAUCCAUGCGGCUGCCCCCCAUUUUGUGUGGCCGUUUGCAGUCUGGUACGUCGCGCAUCAGCUCAACCUCUGGCCCCGUCUCUCCAUUCCGGAGACUUCGUCCACACUACGUUGGACGGGGGAGGUUGGCGAUGCAUCGCGGUUCCGAGUCAGGGGUGCUCGUGCCUUUGUCCGCGAUACGACUGCGGACAAGCUCUCCCCUCGCGCCAUUCCCUACGUUUUCCUUGGCUUUGUCCCUGACGCGCCUGGCUGGCAGUUUAAUGACCCCGCCUCGCGCCGUGUCUUUGCGUCUCAGGAUGUCACCUUUGAUGAGUCGGUCCCCUUUUACCGUCUGUUUCCCUACCGCACAGCCCCUCUCCCCCCCCCCGCUGCUCUUUCUCACUCCAGGUCCUCCCCAGGUACACCCCCUCCCCCCUCCAAGUCCUGCUUCUUCAGCCUAAGGGUGCGGAGCCUGGAGGGGCUGAGCGUGGGCGUGAGGGGUCCGGGGGUGCUGAGCCUGGGGGUUCUGCGUCUGGGGGUGCUGCGCCGGGGGGCACAGAGGCGUCUAGUGAGCAGUCUCCUUGGAGUGGCCGUCUCCGUAGUCGCUCCGCUGGUGCCUCGCCGCAGCACUCUCGUCGGCGUCUCCCUCUCUCCCCACAGCAGCUGCGUGAGUGGUACGUUAGUCGUCAGGGUCGCGCUGGUGGAGCUGGACGCCAUGCUGCGGGAGGCACUGGCGUUUGGAGCACUGGUGACUCUGCUACUGGAGGUGUUUCUACUGGAGUUCCUGGACCCGCUGGUCCCGGAGGUGCUCGUACUGGAGGUACUGGAGCUACUGGGGCUGGAGCUACUGCUGGACCUGGACGUGGUGCUGUCGACCCUCAGGUGCCGGUUCUUGGGGUGCUGCUACUAG